CCAAUGGAAAGUCGCCUAUAUAUAGAAAACUUGCAGAUGGAAAAUAAGAAGCUAGAAACCUGGUAAGCCUUCAACAAUGGCGGAAGAUUCUCUUUUCCUCAGAUUUCUAAACAGAACUCCUCACAUUUUCCUUCAUUUUCUUUGUAUAAAUACCCCCCUUUACAUCCCUUCUUCAUCAACACAGAGCCCGAGGGGCAUCAAGUACAGGAAUAAAGAAGCCCCCACCGCUCUGUUUUGUUUUUUCUCGUUCCUUAAUUUCAUCUUCUUCUUGUUGUUCUUCUCUGGUUUUGGGAAGAACCCAACAAAAAAAAUUUAAAAUCCCGCAAAACCCAAAAAAAUGUCUCGCGAUAACAGCUCAGGCAAGCAGAAGAAGAUGGCCAUCAUGGGCAUCUCUUCCCUGUUACUGGUGGCUAUGGUGAUCGGUGUCGCCGUCGUCGUUACUCGCUCCACCGGCGGCAACCACGAAGGCGACGGCGCUCAGAUCACGGCGAGUUCCAAAUCUGUAACAGCCAUCUGCGCACCCAGUGAUUAUAAAGAAACUUGUACAAACGCUUUGAAUUCCGCCAAGCCAAACACCACUGAUCCUCGGGAGCUCAUCCAGAUCGCUUUCAAUUUAACCAUUCAGUCUCUUAAAGAUGGAAUGGAAAAGGGAGUGAAAGCUUUGCAUGAUGCAGCUAAAGACCCACUUACUAAAGAAGCCCUUGACAGUUGCAGUGAGCUCACAAACAACGCCGUUGAAGAUCUUCAAAGAUCUUUCAACAAGCUUGGUGCUUUUGAAUGGGCUAAAGCUGACGAAUACAUUGAAGAUCUCAGAGUCUGGUUAAGUGGCGCAAUUACUUAUCAACAAACAUGCAUUGAUGGGUUUGAAAAUACAACAGACGACGCUGGGGAAAAAAUGAAAGCUUUCUUGAAAACUGCAAAGGAAUUGACAAGCAGUGGGCUUGCCAUGGUUACUGAAAUCAACUCCUUGGUUAAGUCACUGGAUUUCUCAGAAGUCACAAAUACUGGCCGGAGACUUAUGGCUGACGACGGAAUUCCGUCGUGGGUCAGCGGGGGGAAAAGAAGACUCCUUGCUGCAAACCCAGGUGGAAUCCAAGCAGACGCCAUUGUUGCCAAGGAUGGAAGUGGCAAGUACAAGACUAUUACAGAAGCUUUGGCUGCUGUUCCUCCCAAGAACAACAAGACUUUUGUGAUUUACAUCAAGGCCGGAGUUUACGUUGAGCAAGUCAAUGUCACCAGACGCAUGCCUAACGUUAUGUUCAUUGGCGACGGCCCUACCAAAACCAGAAUCUCCGGCCGCCUCAACUUUGCUCAGGGCACCAACACCUACCGAACCGCCACCGUCAUUAUUAGCGGUGAACAUUUCAUGGCAAAGAACAUUGGAUUCGAGAACACGGCGGGAGCCAUCGGACACCAGGCAGUGGCGAUAAGGGUUUCGGCCGACUACGCCAUCUUCUACAACUGUCACAUGGAUGGGUACCAAGAUACCCUCUACGCUCACACCUACCGUCAAUUCUACAGAGAUUGCAGCAUCAGCGGCACCAUAGAUUUCAUCUUCGGUGACGCCACCGUCGUCUUCCAGAACUGCAAACUGAUUGUCAGAAAACCACUGGACAACCAGCAAUGCAUCAUAACCGCCCAAGGAAGAAUCGACCCAAGAGAACCCACCGGCAUUGUUCUCCACAACUGUUUCAUCACCGGCGAGGCCGCUUACAUCCCGGUGAAAGCCAAGAACAGAGCUUACCUCGGCCGGCCAUGGAAGAACUUCUCAAGAACCAUCAUCAUGGGAACCCAUAUCGACGACAUGAUUGACCCAGAAGGGUGGCUGCCAUGGAUGGGAAGCUUCGCUCUCGAUACUCUUUACUACUCUGAGUUUAACAACAAAGGCCCUGGUGCUGUUGAGACUUCUAGGGUUACAUGGAGGGGAAUCAAGAAGAUUAGUGCUCGCCAAGCUAAGGGUUACGCUCCCGCCGCCUUUUUCAGAGGGGAUGCAUGGGUUCGUGAAAGUGGAGUACCUUAUACGCCUGGCAUGAUAUGAUGAUGAUGAUGAUACAAGCAUCAUUGGUGUAUGCAUGUACAUGGGAAUUAAGAUGAAUAUGCAUGCAUGCAUGCAUUGAUGGGUCAAAAAGUAUGUGGUAUAAGAAAUUGAGAGAGUGAGAAGAGAUUUUUUUUUGGAUCUAAUCUCCUUCUUCUUAAAA